AUGGCUUCAGGCUUCGAUGACCUGGAAUACCUGUCUCCAGACUUUGACCUCAACAGCCUCACCGUUCCCCGCAUACGAGCUAUCCUCGUUAGCCACGAUGUCUCAUACCCGGCGUCGGCCAAGAAGGCACAGCUCAUUCGGAUCUUGCAGGAUGAGGUGCUCCCUAAGGCGCAGAGGUUGUUGCGCGAUCGCGAGCGUGUGAGGAGAACAAGUGAGGGCAUCACGGACAUGAGCAGCCGGGAAACAUCGGUAGUGAAUGAGGAUAAUGAUGCAUAUGGUCAUGAUCGCGAUUCAAUGCCACCGCCGCCCACACCGUCAACGACGACUUCUACCAGGAGGGGACGAGGCAGACAGAGUACGAGAGCCUCAACUGCCGAUACAGAGAAUGAACCCCCCUACCUCACUCCCUCCACGGCUUCAGGAAGGAGAACAGCUCGUACCGGCGCAACGAAGCACCCGCGCGCAUCCGACACAGAGACCGGUGAGGAUGUCCUGACGACUCCUGUCGCUCGACGUAGCGCUUCGCCAAGAAAAUCUACGGCGAGAAAGCUACGGAAGAGUGAGGCUAUUCCAUCUACUGAGCCACUGACGAACACGCACCGGACACCGUCACCUAUCAAAACGGAGCCUCACGACGAUAGUGUUUUCACCGAUGAUAACCCUUUCCAGAGUGGAAGCCCGAGCCCUUGGGACCAUCCAAGAGCGUCCAUGUCUAGCCGGUCACGAAAGAGCACAUCACGGUUAUCAUCUGAGAGCGCUUUUGCCAGAGAAGAGCGAAAGAAGCGGAAGUCAGAAGGCCCCAUUAAGAUCAAGCAAGAAGACGGUGUCGAUGUGCCUACCAGGACUACGUUUGAGUUCCCCGUUUCUCGACUGAGGAAAUCUUUGGAAGAGGAGAUCGAAGAAGAGGAUGAGGGAGACGAUGAAGACGUCAGUGCCGGAGAGGAGUUUACUCCAGAAGAACAGUUGGCACUGGACCAAGAGUUCGCCAAUUCGCAUCACCCGGUCUCGCGUCGGCAAAAGCCUCGGAAGCAAGGUACUGUCAGCAAGGCCGCUUCUUGGCUUGUCAUUCUCUCACUUGUCAGUGGCUUCGGUGCGUGGUGGCGGAAGGAAAAGAUCGAGAUUGGCUACUGUGGGAUUGGCAAAGAAACAUGGUCGUUGGCGGAUACCAAUGUGCCGCAAUGGGCCAAGAUCCUCGAACCUCAGUGUGAGCCUUGCCCGCCGCAUGCAUUCUGUUACCCGGAUUUCAAGGCAGAAUGUGAAGAGGACUUUGUUCUAAAACCGCACCCACUAUCACUAGGAGGUUUAGUGCCUCUCCCGCCGACAUGCGAGCCAGAUAGCGAAAAGGCGCGCCGUGUCAAAGCGGUUGCCGACAGGGCUGUAGAGGAACUUCGAGAGCGCAGAGCUAAGUACGAGUGCGGUGAGCUCAAGGAGGAUAGCAAAAGGGCCAGGUCUGCCGGCAUUGCGGAGCCAGAUCUCAAGAAAGAAGUGUCAAAGAAAAGACGGAAAGGAAUGAGUGAUGCGGAAUUUGACGAUCUCUGGAAAGGCGCAUUGGGAGAGAUCAUUGGACGGGAUGAAGUCGUCGCUGAAUCGAAGGGACCAACCGACUCCCUCACUCUCACGUCAACUUCCCUCGCACGUCUCCCCAUCGUCUGUGCCUUCCGCCGCCACCUCAGACUUUCUCUCCUCGCAUAUCGACUCCCUAUUUCGAUUCUAGUCAUGUCUAUUGCAGCUCUUGCGUAUGCUCGCUCUCGUGUGCUGGCACACCGUUCGGACAUGGCGCGCGUUCCAGAGCUCGUAGCCACGACUCUUGACCGUCUGGCUACACAGGCCGCGUUGUAUGCCCGUGGAGAUGCCAGGGAGCCCUGGGUUCCUAUUGGCCAACUGCGUGAUGAUGUUCUGCGGACCGAGCUUCAGGGCAGUCGACGUGAAGCGCUCUGGAAGCGUGUCCGCAGUGUAGUCGAAGGGAACGCUAACGUCCGUGCAGCUGUUCGUGAAGGCCGCGGAGGUGAUGUCUCCCGAGUCUGGGAGUGGAUUGGAGGCAUUGGUGGUGUUGGGAGUGACCUAGAGAGCAGUGCGCGAAGGGAGAGCGGCAAAGUCCGUUUCUCUCUUUCUCCUGGAGAGGACAAUAUUCCCCGUGCGGAUGGGAAUGGCGAGAGCAGCGUCGGACGGAGCCCUCGAGAAUCCAGAAGAUGGGACGAGGGACGGCCUGUUUACUGAUUACUUGAUUUGUCUGUGUUAUUAUAUCUUUUUUCUUCUUUGUGCAUUGAUAACCUGAUCUUUUUCUUGUGAAUUUGACUUACAAAGAGCACGCUCCAUACCCAGGCCGUGUUGGAUAAUGGCAACAUUUCUUAUGUUCUUAAUACUACGGUGGUUUCCUUUCAGUUUGGUUCCAUCCUCUGCUCCUUUCUCGGGGGUCCUCCGCGUGAUAUACCCUCUGUAGAGCUUGACAAAGUGAUAUCUUCUACCCAAAUCAAACGGUGAUUAUGUUGUUUCCCGCCUUGUAUCCAGCCGAGAUAGCUCCUCUGUACAGUAGGGUUGUAUCCUUAGAAGAGAGCCUCCUUUAGCGCACUUUCUCAAUUACUUAGCA